AUGAGGUCCCGCAAUGCACCUGAGGUUGCAGCAUUACCACGCGAGUUACAGGAGUUUAUUGACACCUUUGAUGGCAAGGAUGAACUCAACCACAUUGGCACGCAUCUUGAGAAGGCCAAGGCCAGAGUGGAAGCCUCCUUGUUGAGGAGAGUGUGGUCAUUUAUUUAUGCAUGCUUUGAAAUGACCAAUAUUAUUGCCUUAAGCGGGGAAAAGGCGAGCAAAGCUGCCUCUGAAAGAAUCAAUCACGGGAGAACACUAGCAGCCGUUGACCCAAUGAUACGGAAGAAGAACGGUGUCAAAGUGGACAUGCUUUUCUCAACAGCACGAUUUGAACUUAGAUUUGUUGAAGCUCUCGAACCUGAAACUUUCACACAAGAUGCUCUUGGGAAUUGA